AGCUUGGCUGCUGGGCCCGGCUUGCCACGUGCAAAUGUUGUGACUGAAAGUUGGCGGCCCCAGGCUAGCGGGACUGGAACACUCUGGGUCCUGCCUGUUGCAGGGGAGCCAAGCCCUAGUAGCUCUGAGUGACUGAUGUGCUAGUGAAGGCCAGCCCCUAGCGCUGCUAACAGGCGCGGAUUUGCGCCCGUUCAAGGUGCAGCGCGGGGGUCUGGGGAAGGCGACCUGGGGAUCGGAAAUGAACACCCAGGCCGGGGCGCUGGGCGAGGCUGCCGCUCGCGGCGCAGGCAGCAGGUUUGAGGGGCAAGCAAGCAGCACGUGGGAAGCAACGGACUCCGGCAGCCGCAAACCGCGUCCCAGCCCUGCAGAGCGCUGCGAGCCCCAGCUCAAGGCUCCCGCUUUAAAACCAAGGCGCGCGCUCCUUGCCGCGGGGGGUGGGCGUCUGGGGGAUUCUCCGGCUCCUCGGAAGCCCCGAGCGCUGCCAAUGCCUAGGGCUGCAGGCGCCAGGCGCCUCCGCCCCGUUACUCUCCGUUCCGGACUCGCUUGGGGCGCCACGUGACCGCGGAUCCGGCUGCGGUGGCGUAGCUCGGCUGCCCCGGCUCGCCUGCUUCCCGCCCGCCUGCUCGGGAGCUGCAUGGGUCCGGCGCCCCGCUGCGAGCGCGCCGCUCCGGGCAGCAGUGGCCACGGCGGGGCCCCGCGGCCGGCGUGCGCCAUGGACCUGUCGGUGGGGUAUGUGGCCAGGGGCCGGACGCUGGUGACCAGACGUAUGAUGGCUCAACCAGAUUCAGAUCUAGAAGAGGAUGCUCUAAAGAAGGAUUUGAAGUUUUACUUCAUGAACCCAUGUGAAAAAUACAGAGCCAGACGUCAAAUCCCAUGGAAACUAGGUUUGCAGAUUCUAAAGAUAGUUAUGGUUACCACACAGCUUAUUCUUUUUGGUUUGAGUAACCAGUUGGUGGUUUCCUUCAAAGAGGAGAACACUAUUGCCUUUAAGCAUCUGUUUCUGAAAGGCUACUCUGGGGUUGAUGAAGAUGAUUAUAGUUGCAGUGUAUACACACAGCAGGAUGUUUAUGACAGCAUUUUUUUUGCUAUUAAUCAGUACUGCCAAUUAAAGAAUAUAUCCCUGGGCACACUUGGUUAUGAACAAGAUGAAGACGAUGUGUCAGGCUUACAGAUCUGUAAACAACAGUACAAGAAAGACACAAUGCUUCCUUCCAAUGAUACGCUGAACAUAGACAUUGCCAUUGAAACAGACUGUAUUCACCUAGAGCCACAGAUGCUAGCCACUAAGAGGUCUGGUGAUUUGAAGAUGAUAAAUUCAUCAUUUUUCAACUUUGAAUUGUAUAGGCUUAUACAGAUUGAAAUCUCCUUUCAACUUAAAGGCAUUGAUCUACAAACAAUUCAUGCCAGAGAAUUGCCUGACUGCUACGCCUUUCAGAAUACUAUUACUUUCAACAACAGAGCCCACAGUGGUAAAGUAAAAAUUUAUUUUGAUAGUGAUGCUGAUAUUCAAGAAUGCAAAGACUGGCAUAUAUCUGGAUCUACAGUUCAGAAAAACAGUCAAUAUAUUCUGGUUUUUGAUGGAUUUGUCAUUGUAAGCUGUUUUGCUUCCCUUAUACUCUGCACACGAUCCAUUAUUCUUGCUCUGAAAUUGCAAAAAAGAUUUGUGUAUUUCUUCCUGGAAAAGUACAAACGCCAUGUCUGUCAUGCUGAUCGUCUGGAGUUUAUAAAUGGAUGGUAUGUCCUGGUGAUUAUCAGUGAUGUGAUGACAAUCAUUGGAUCCAUAAUGAAAAUGGAAAUAAAAGCCAAGAACCUCACAAGUUAUGAUGUUUGCAGCAUCUUACUUGGAACAUCGACUUUGUUUGUUUGGGUUGGAGUCAUCAGAUACUUAGGAUAUUUCCAGACAUACAAUGUGCUCAUUUUAACAAUGCAAGCAUCAUUGCCCAAAGUUCUAAGAUUUUGUUGUUGUGCUGGGAUGAUAUAUCUUGGCUAUACAUUCUGUGGCUGGAUUGUAUUAGGGCCUUAUCAUGAAAAGUUUGAAGAUCUGAACACAGUUGCUGAAUGUCUGUUUUCUUUGGUCAAUGGUGAUGACAUGUUUGCAACAUUUGCUCAAAUCCAGCAGAAGAGCACCUUGGUGUGGCUGUUCAGUCGAUUAUAUCUGUAUUCCUUCAUUAGUCUAUUUAUAUACAUGAUCCUCAGCCUUUUUAUUGCACUCAUUACAGACUCUUAUGACACCAUAAAGAAAUACCAGCAAAACGGCUUUCCAGUAACAGAUCUUCAUGAAUUCCUUAAAGAAUGCAGUAGCACAGACUAUAGCAAAGAACCACAGGCUUCCAUGCCUUUCAUCUGCUGUUGUAGGAGACAAGGAAGUGAUGACAACUUGAUACUUAUUAACUGACAACCUACUGCUGAAAUUCACUGCUCAAGAACGUUCAGAAGGAACAAACUGCUGUGGAAAAACAACCCCCCAAAUUUCAAGAAGAUCUGUCAUUUGGGGCUAUUUCUUUGUAAACAUUAUGACCCUAUUUAAUUAGGUAGUUUGGGGAGGCAAGCAGGGCAAAAAGCUGCUAAUGGCUGGUGUCAGCUGGCUGACCACGUUGGAAGCUCAAAAGCUACCUUUAUUUGGACUAGAAUUAUGAAGAACUGAUGACGAUUCCCACUCUGUGUUCUACUGUCUUAGUCCUGAACCUGAGAGACACUGUCUGUGGGAGCUCAGCACCUUCUUCUGAUCAGGCCGCAAACUAACCAUCUGGUUCUUAAAUAUUUAUAUUAAGGAACAUAUUUAAAAAGAAUUAAACACACUUGUUUUUAAGUAGAAUGUUGAAUAUUGCAAUUAUUGGUAAGGAGUGUUUCAGGUCAUUCAUUUAAAGUGAUGUAUUGGAAAUGGAGAUUGUAAUUCUUAUUUGGCAUAAAACAUGAUUCAGUUGCUUGAAAUAAAUUUGUGUAAUGCAGAGCUGCACAAAAAUGCAAAA